AUGGCUAAAACUGAAGCAUAUAAAUGCUUAGGUAUAAAUGAUCCAUUACCAGAUUUAAUUACAAGAACCAAUAAAUAUUUAUUGGAUUUAAGAUUAGCUAAAUGGAUUACUCAAAAACAAUAUGAAAAUUUAUGUAUUAACCCAUGUGAAGUGGAGCUGGCUCAUUUAUAUUAUUUACCAAAAGCCCAUAAGCCAGGUACUCCUCUUCGUCCAAUAGUUUCUGGCCUUAAACAUCCUACUAUCAAAAUUUCAAAAUUUCUUGAUGAAUUAUUAAGACCAUUAUUUGAUAAAAUGGCUGUAAAAACAACUGUAAAUUCUGGUUUUGAAUUAAUUAAACAGUUAUUAGAAUGGGCAAAGAUAAAGAUGCGUCAAGAAACAUUAUUUUGUACAAUUGAUGUGAUGGAUCUUUACACAAUGGUGCCACAAACUGAAGGAGUACUAUCAUUAAAAAAGAUGUUAGAUCAUUUAAAAUUAAAACGUAUUAAUGGGUUAAAAAUUGAAACAAUUAUUAGAUUAAGUCGAUUCGUAAUGAAAAACAAUUAUUUUUCUUAUGAUGGCCAAUAUUAUCAUCAAAUUCGUG